CGCAAUAUCUAUCGCCUCGUAUUAUUGAACAUCCCACAGAUUUAGUGGUGAAAAAGAAUGAACCGGCCACACUGAAUUGUAAAGUUGAAGGCAAACCGGAGCCAACAAUUGAAUGGUUUAAGGACGGCGAACCUGUCAAUACAAAUGAUAAGAAAUCACAUCGUGUGCUCUUCAAGGAUGGUGCCCUGUUCUUCUAUCGCACUGUGCAGGGCAAAAAGGAACAGGACAGUGGUGUCUAUUGGUGUGUGGCCAAAAAUCAUGUUGGCAAAGCAGUCAGUCGUCAUGCCACUUUGCAAAUAGCGGUUUUACGGGAUGAUUUUCGCGCACAGCCAAAGGAUACCCGGGUGGCUAAAGGCGAAACAGCAUUGUUGGAAUGUGGGCCACCAAAAGGUAUUCCGGAGCCAACAUUAAUAUGGAUGAAGGAUGGUGUGCCUCUGGACGAUUUGAAGACAAAAUCUUAUGGAACCACAUCACGUAUACGCAUUGUCGAUGGUGGCAAUUUAUUGAUAAGCAACGUUGAACCAAUUGAUGAGGGCAACUAUAAGUGUAUCGCUCAAAAUAUUGUCGGUACCCGAGAGUCCAGUUAUGCUAAACUAAUUGUCGAAGUUAAACCCUAUUUUAUGAAAAAACCUCAAGACCUAACCAUGCUGGCUGGACAAACGGCAACAUUUCAUUGUUCGGUUGGUGGUGAUCCACCACCAAAGAUUUUGUGGAAAAAGGAAGAAGGCAAUAUACCCGUAUCCAGAGUAAGCAUACAGCCCGACGACAAAGGUUUGGAAAUUUUCAACAUUGUGCCAGAGGAUGAGGGCACCUAUGUGUGUGAGGCUCUCAAUUCGGUGGGACAAAUCAGUGCCAGGGCCUCGUUGACCGUGCAUGCACCUCCCACCUUCAUAGUCAAACCCCAAGACAAAAAGGUGGGCCUGAACGGUGUUGCCUCAUUCCCCUGUGUGGCCGAUGGCAAUCCACCACCCUCGGUAUUCUGGACCAAAGAGGGUUCCAGCACUCUGAUGUUCCCCAACAACUCCUAUGGCCACUUACAUGUCUCACUUGAAGGUACUCUGCAAAUCAAUGGUGUACAAAAGGAUGAUGCCGGCUAUUAUGUCUGUUCGGCCUUUAGUGUUGUCGAUUCGACAACAAUUCGAGCAUUUUUACAGGUUACCUCUGUAGACGAUACCCCACCGCCCAUCAUCCAAAUUGGCCCCUCAAAUCAAACUCUACCCAAGGGCAGUGUUGCCAUGUUACCCUGCCGUGCUUCAGGACAUCCAACACCACGCGUUAAGUGGUAUCGUGAUGGCACCACCCUACAAAGUGGUAAUCGUUAUACCAUUGUUCAGGGUGGAUCUCUAAGGAUUGAUGAUCUGCAACUCAGCGACUCUGGCCUCUAUACCUGUACGGCAUCAUCGGAAAGUGGUGAAACUUCAUGGUCGGCCACAUUAACGGUGGAAAAGAGCAGUUCAUCAACAUUACAUCGUUCGGCAGAUCCCAGUACAUAUCCAGCACCACCCGGCACCCCCAAAGCCUUGAAUGUUACCCAAAAUAGCAUAUCAUUAAGAUGGUCCAGAAGCCAGGAGAAGCCACAGGCAACAAGUCCAAUUAUUGGCUACACCGUGGAAUAUUUCAGUUCCGAUUUACAAACUGGCUGGGUUGUGGCCGCUCAUCGGGUACCAGAUCAACAAAUAACGAUUUCCGGCUUAAAACCAGCAACAUCAUAUGUGUUUUUGGUACGUGCCGAAAAUUCACAUGGAUUAUCGGUACCAUCGGGCUUAUCGAAUGUAAUCAAAACUCUAGGCUCUGAAUCUGGCACCGUGCCGCCAAGUGAAAUAUCCGAAGCGCGUGCUGUAUUAAGUGGCAAGGUUGUUGAAUUAAUUGAUGCUGCAGCCAUUAACUCCACCGCCGUCCGUUUGGAUUGGGUUAUGCAUGUAAGCGUAACCGAAAAAUAUGUUGAGGGUCUUUAUAUACGUUAUCGUGAUGUUAGUGCAAAUUCUCAACAAUACAAUAUACUGACGGUAUUAAAUCCUUCCAUUGAAUCACAUGUUGUGGGUAAUCUAAAGGAAUACACGAAAUAUGAAUUCUUUUUGGCACCAUUCUUUCAAACGUUGGAGGGUCAGCCGAGCAAUUCGAAAAUUGUCCAAACCUAUGAGGAUG